UUGAGUUGGCGCGCGAACAGACGGCGCAUGCGCAGGUGGCGCCGAAACAAAGGCGGCGGACGGUCGGCAUGGCGGAUAAAGAAGCAUCAGAUGCCCAUUAUGAUGUUACACCUGUGACGUCACACACCCACUGUUCUUCAUUACUGACGGCCGCCUCACCAGUGCAGUCCACUCAUCUCGACACGACGCCAGCCAUUUGUCAUGAAUGGAAACGAGGAAAAAAAACAGCCUUUGAUGAUGCUGUGGAAGAACGUGUCAUUAAUGAAGAAUACAAGAUCUGGAAGAAAAAUACUCCCUUCUUGUAUGACCUGGUUAUGACUCACGCUCUGGAAUGGCCAAGUCUGACUGCCCAGUGGCUACCUGAUGUUUCCAGACCUGAGGGGAAGGACUACAGUGUUCACAGGUUGGUCCUGGGAACCCAUACAUCUGAUGAGCAAAACCAUUUAGUCAUUGCCAGUGUUCAACUUCCAAACGAUGAUGCGCAGUUUGAUGCUUCCCAUUAUGAUAGCGAGAAGGGAGAAUUUGGUGGAUUUGGUUCUGUUAGUGGAAAAAUAGAAAUUGAAAUUAAAAUAAACCAUGAAGGGGAAGUAAAUCGUGCUCGCUACAUGCCUCAGAAUCCUUGUAUUAUUGCCACAAAGACUCCCUCCAGUGAUGUGUUGGUCUUUGAUUAUACAAAACAUCCUUCCAAACCAGAUCCUUCUGGUGAAUGCAAUCCAGAUCUUCGGUUGCGAGGACAUCAGAAGGAAGGUUAUGGGCUUUCUUGGAAUCCAAAUCUUAGUGGCCAUUUACUUAGUGCUUCGGAUGAUCAUACCAUCUGUUUAUGGGACAUCAGUGCUGUGCCUAAAGAAGGAAAAAUUGUUGAUGCAAAAACUAUCUUUACUGGUCAUACAGCAGUAGUGGAAGAUGUAUCUUGGCAUUUGCUGCAUGAGUCUCUAUUUGGUUCUGUCGCAGAUGAUCAAAAACUAAUGAUUUGGGAUACCAGAUCUAACAACACAUCCAAGCCAAGUCACUCAGUUGACGCACACACUGCAGAAGUAAACUGUCUCUCCUUCAAUCCUUAUAGUGAAUUCAUCUUGGCGACUGGUUCUGCUGAUAAGACAGUUGCACUGUGGGAUUUAAGAAACCUGAAACUGAAACUGCAUUCCUUUGAAUCACACAAGGACGAGAUUUUCCAGGUUCAGUGGUCUCCUCACAAUGAAACUAUCCUGGCAUCAAGUGGAACAGAUCGUAGACUGAAUGUAUGGGAUUUGAGCAAAAUUGGAGAGGAACAAUCACCAGAAGAUGCAGAAGAUGGUCCUCCAGAGCUGUUGUUUAUUCAUGGUGGACAUACAGCUAAAAUUUCAGACUUUUCUUGGAAUCCAAAUGAACCUUGGGUAAUUUGCUCUGUAUCUGAAGACAAUAUCAUGCAAGUGUGGCAGAUGGCUGAAAAUAUUUACAAUGAUGAAGAUCCAGAGGGAGCCCCUGAUCCAGAAGGCCAAGGCUCGUAGUUGGUUCUAGCUUUCAAACACCUUUUUCUAUACAAACAUGCUAUUCUGCUAAUGCUGUUUUGGGAGAAGCUGAUGGUGUCUAACCACCAUCUCCAAAUGCAGGAGUUUGGAUAAAAGUAUGUCCUCCAGUAAGGACCCUUUUUUUAAAAAAGUUUGCUUCUACCCCCCACAAGCCUAAUGUCCCAUUUUUGCAACCAUUUGAGUAAUGUGCUGACAUGUCUGCAUUUCUAUUUGACUAAUAGAAGUAAAGCAGCUUGUUUUCCUGUUGUGUACAAUAUGUAUUUAAAGGCUUGCCCCUGAAUGCUGCAGUGUUUUCAUUGUUUCUUUUGAGAUACAAGUCAGUUAAAUCAAUUGAAUAUUCUCUGUGAGAGGGUCUUGCUAAAUAUAAUGUGCAACAAUCCCAAUAAAAAUGAUAUGUUUUUCUACACAAUA